UAAAAUCAUUUUAAAUUAAGACGUUAACAAAUUGUACAAUCCAUUUCGACGUUUCCAACCGAAGAAGAAUCAAACGGAAACUUAAGUCAAAAAGGCACACAAAAUGGCAGAAGUAGAUCUAGUGAACAGGGAUCCCAAUCAAAUCAACGCUCAUUUAAAGGUUGCAUUCGAAGAUGUUUUGGCUGAGCCAGAAGAAAGUCACAGCAUGGACUGCGUAUGGAAGCUCUCUUACACUUGCUUUACUUUCUGGAGAAAUUGCUGUUAUCGCCUUAGCACGUUCUGUUGUGGCAUGUGCAUCGCCAUGGAAUUAGGCUGUGAGUUCGCCAGCACAAUGUUUAGUCAUGUCUGGUUCAUCACUCCCUGUCUGAGAGUCUGUGCUAUCAACUGCAGCCCGUACCAGAAAUUGUGGGGAGUCUGCUGUAAUUGCUGUGUUGCCCCGAUCUGUGAAGCGUGCGGAAUGUACUUCUCUAAUAUCAGAGUUAACAUGCAGAAAUCUUAAUAGACAUGUAGUGUUCUAAUUGAACUAAUGAAGUUACGGAUAAUUUUUAACAUGAUAUCUCCUAAUUUAAGAUAAACAUAAAAUAAGUACAAUGACUGGUGUUCUGCAGUGUAAUCGUAUGAGAAUGUGAUUUACCUUGCAGAUAUCAAUACCGUCUUUGUCAAUGUUUAGAAAUGCUCUAGGGUCUUUUGUUAAAGUUUACAUAAACAAUAUGCCUUUUGCAGCACUACGGCUGCGCUGAAUAUAAUUAACAAAACGUUCUUAUUAUUUUAAAAAUGUAUGUAGGUUGUCUAAUUCUUUAAUAAAAUAUAUCUAAAUGA